GAGGGCUGAGUCCUACAACCACCGCUCAGCUAACCUGGGGCUUUUCUCCCAGCCAUGGAACAGGACACUUCCUGCUUCCAGUCGGACCUGGAUUUCUGCCCCGAGUGUGGCACCAUCCUGCCCCUGCCAGGCAUCCAGGACAAGGUGACCUGCAUGCGGUGCUCCUUCUCCAUCAACAUACGAGAUUUUGAAGGAAGGGUGGUCCAGUCGUGUAUUGAGGUCAACAGGCUGGGCUCCAUGUCUGUGAUGAUGCUGGAUGAUGGGCAGGAGGUCAGGGGACCAAUGAUUGACAGGAAGUGCCCCCGCUGUGGCCACGAUGGCAUGGUGUACCACACCCGGCAGAUGAGAUCUGCGGAUGAAGGACAGACCGUCUUCUACACCUGCAGCCAGUGCAAGUUUCAGGAGAAGGAAGACUCUUGAACAGAGAAGCACAAGGGCAUGGAGACGAAAAGACGAGGUGUAACACCAACCCCCUUUAUCCUGAACAACUUGCUUCACUUCUUAAUGAGAUCCUUUUCUUGGCUCAGGCCUGGGCUGACAGCCACCACCCUGUGUUCUCUGCCGUGGGGGACCUGAAGCAUGAAGGAGCAAAGGAAGAGCAUGAGCACACCCCAGGUCCUGCAGAGGUGAUUCCCAAGGGGGUAACCAUUGAGGAUACCCCAUCCCCUAGGGAGAUCCCAACUCCUGGUUCUCUUUUGGGGAACUCAGUCUCUGAUAUAAAGCUGCUUUCGCAGCUCUUACGCUACACUCCAGCAGCUGCGUUCUCACAGGAAAGCCCAUUGGUGUAUUAUGCUUUGGAGAGGGGCUUAGGUCCCCUCUUUCAGGAUCAUGUGCUUUGGAGGACAGAUCAGCUGGGGAAUCCUGAGUGUGUUUCUGGGCUCAGCUACCAGCCCACUCUGCUUGCGAAAGUAAAUAAAAUUCUAUUUUGUACAUGAA